AUGGUUAACGUACCUAAGUCUCGUAAGACCUUCUGCCCAGGCAAGUGCCGUCGUCACACCAACCACAAGGUUACCCAAUACAAGAAGGGAAAGGAAAGUCGAUUUGCCCAGGGUAAAAGACGUUACGACAGGAAACAAUGUGGAUUCGGUGGACAGACCAAGCCCAUCUUCCGUAAGAAGGCCAAGACCACCAAGAAGAUUGUAUUGAGAAUGGAAUGCACUGACUGCAAACACAGAAUCCAGCUCCCAAUCAAGAGAUGCAAGCACUUCGAACUCGGAGGUCAAAAGAAGUCCCGUGGACAAGUUAUCCAGUUCUAA